CUAUCGAUACUUGGCAUAAAGGAAAACCAUCGAUUAACCCUCUUGACCAUCGGUGUUUCUCCCAUCACUUUCGUUUCCGGCGAGACAACAUUUUACAUCAUGGACAAUUCUGGAAAUAACCGCUACGAGCUGUUGUUCAUGGACGACGAUGACUCCGCCGCCAACUCCGCUCCUGCCCAGCCACAGACUGCCAUUUCCGCCGUAGUUGCGCCGUCCAAGAAGCCGGAGCAGCCGGCCAAGGCGGCGAAAAGCAAGCCGGAAAAGGAGAACAAGCCGGUGGCGUCGGCCCGCAAGGCCAACAAUCCGAAUCCGGUGGCCAAGAACACGAGUCCGGUGAAGGGAGUCGGCGGCAAAGGAGCACCAACUGGCGGCGAUCGCCCUAGGAAUCCGACCGCCAGCAACGGGCCCAGCAACCAGGGCAGAUUCAACAAUAACCAGCGCUACGGAAACAAGGAACAAUCGUCCGGGGAAUUCGGAAACGAGCUGCCGCAGCGCCAGUUCAACAAUCGUGAUAACAGGGGACCACCACGCGUACGCACCGGCGAAAAGUUCGGCAAACGAGAGUUCGAUCGCCAGUCUGGAUCCGAUAAAACCGGCGUGAAGUCAAUUGAUAAGCGGGAAGGCGGCGGUGCCCAUAACUGGGGGUCCCCGAAGCAGGACAUUGAGGACCUCAAGACCGGGGAAUCGUCACCGCAGGCGGAGAAGGAGGACUCGGCCAAUGAGCAGUCGGCUGAUGCGGCGGCCGCUGCAGCUGCCGAGGAGGAUGAGUCCAAGCAGAUGACCCUCGACGAGUGGAAGGCUCUGCGGGAUCAGCGUGCCAAGCCCAACUACAACUUGCGCAAGGCGGGCGAAGGAGCCGCCGACAAUGCCGAAUGGAAGAAGAUGGUGGUGUUGAGCAAGAAGAAGGAGAGCAACAGCGAGGACGAGUUGGAGUACGAUCCGUCGCUGUAUCCCCAGCGAGUGGGACGCCUGCAGCGCAUCGUGGACAUCCCGUUUAAGUUCAAUGAUGGACGCAAGGGUGGCUUCCGGAAGGGGCCGCGUCCAGGAGGACCAGGAGGUCCCCGUGGCGAGGGAUUCCGCAGCGAUGGACCACGUGGAGAAGGUGGCUAUCGCAACGAUGGACCUCGCGGCGAGGGUGGCAAUCGUGGAGAAGGUGGCUACCGCAACGACGGACCCCGUGGAGAGGGUGGCUAUCGCAAUGAUGGGCCGCGCGCAGAAGGUGGCUAUCGCAACGAUGGGCCUCGCGGAGAAGGUGGUAACCGCAAUGAGGGACCACGUGGAGAGGGUGGCUAUCGCAACGAGGGUCCUCGCGGCGAGGGUGGCUUCCGUGGUGGCCCGCGCUUCAAUUCCGGAGCCGCCACCAACGGGUUCGACAACAGACAGGACAACAACAACAGAUUCGGGGAGAAACGCCGCUCCGCCCAGAAGCCCCUGAAGGUCGACGAUGAAGCUCAAUUCCCCACUCUGUGCUAGGAUCAGAUCAGCAAGGAACAAUAAGGUUUAACAAUUUCUGUAUUACAUAAUAAGUAAGCAGCUCCUUUGGUUAACGAAUAACCAUUAGAUUUUCGGCCGUAAUCUAUGAAGCUUGACGACCGGUUAACAAACAAAAACAAAUCAGCCACGCUUAUCCAUAUUCCUUAGUUGUAAACAAAAAUUUUUGAAUUUUUUCACUCAUCAUUUACGCAUUUAAAAUAACUAUUAAAAAUAGUUGGAAUGUUGAAAUAAAUUUACUUCAUUUAAAAACCAAGGAA